CAAUCGGCACCAACCAUGAAUACUAAGGUCGUUCUGUUGUUCUGCUUCUUGGCCGCGGCUUCGGCUCGUCCGGAUGUACCAUCACACCACGACGGUUACGGAUAUCACGCUCCGGCGCAUCCCGUCUCUUACCAUGCUCCUGAGAAGCAUGAGAAGGGUAUGCCCUUCAACUUCGACUACGCCGUCAAGGACCACUACAAGGGCCUAGACUUCGGCCACAACUCCAACUCUGACGGGAACCUCGUGACCGGCGAGUACCGCGUCCUACUCCCCGACGGUCGCACUCAGAUCGUCACCUACACCGCCGACCACUACAAGGGCUACCAGGCUGAGGUCAGGUACGAGGGCGAGGCCAAAUACCCUGAACCCAAGCCCUAUGCCCCUGCCCCAUCCUACGGUCAUCCUGCCCCAGCUUACGGUCCACCAGCCCCUGCAUAUGGAGCCCCUGAGUAUUAAAUGCCUCGACGAAUAAUUUACGAUGGAUAUUAAUUUAUGAACUAUUAAAAUAUUAUUAAAUAAAUAAC